CGAAAGGAUAUACUGCUGUCCAUUGAAUACUGAGCACUGGAAAAAGUUACAGAGUGCCUCAGCAUCUCUAUAAAUUAACUCAAUUUCUAGCUUGGGAACUAAAAAGGAAAACCAUGGAUUCCCCAAAACUUCCUGUUGUAGAUUUAUCAGGUGAAGACUUGAGGCCUGGCACAGAAACUUGGAUCUCAACAUCCAAACAAGUAUGUCAAGCUCUUGAAGAAUAUGGCUGCUUCGUUGUCAAAUGCAAUCAAGUCUCUUUAAAUCUUUACAACGCUAUCUACGCAGCAGCACUUCAGGAUUUGUUCAAUCUUCCUAAAGAAAUCAAACAGCUGAUCAAAUCUUCUUCCGAACAACCUCACCGUGACGUUUUCUCCAAUAAUCCUAAUCAUGAAGGUAUUGCUACAGGUGAUAUCAUCAGUACUCCAGAAGCCAUUCAUCAGUUCUCCAAUCUCCUCUGGCCUGCUGGAAAUGAUCGUUUCUGUGAAAUUGUUGAAGAGAUUUCGAAGAUCAUGAUGAAUUUGGAUCAGACAGUAUUGAAAAUGGUGUUCCAAAACUAUGGUGUAGAGAAGUACUAUGAUUCUCAAAUUAAAUCAACAGAUUAUGUUACCGGAUCCUCCAAGUACAAAGAAUCUGAAAAGAACGAAAAUUAUCUGGGUCUUCUAGUUCACACAGAUAAGACAUUUUCAACUAUAAUUCAUCAGAAUGAUGUAAAUGGAUUAGAGAUUCAAACAAAGGAUGGCCAGUGGAUUCUGUAUGAACCCUCUUCACAUUCAUCAUUCCUCUACCUUGCUGCUGAUGCAUUCAAGGCGUGGAGCAAUGGAAGAGUUCAUCCCUGUUGCCAUCGAGUUACCAUGAGUGUAAACAAGACGAGAUUCUCACUGGGAUUGUUCACGUCUCUCAGAGGAGUGACAAACAUACCGGAUGAGUUAGUUGAUGAGAAGCAUCCUUUGAGAUACAAGCCGUUUAGUCACCGGGAGUAUCUAAGAUUAUUCAAAGAACACUCCAAGAAGAAAAUUCAGUACUCCAUUGAAGCUCUCUGCGGUGUUUGAUGGCAACAAAGACCUUGACACAUGUGUUCUGAGACAAGAUUUUCUAAGGUGGGUGGGAUUCUAGUUUAUCAGCUGUAGUGCCUUUGAAAAAUUAGUUUAGAGGGCCCAACAUGCGCCGCUUAAUUUUGACUUUACUGCAGUGUUAAUGCCAUUUCUCCACCAAUUGUGUUUUAUAUUAUUAUAUCCAGUAAUUUUAGCAAUCCAACUUUAUCUUUGA